AUGAGAAAACGGGAAAAGCAGAAACACAAAAUUACACUUAAAUCCAAGGAGACAAUGAAACUAGAGAAUGCAUUGAAAGGGAACGUUAAUUAUCAUACAAUAAGGCCUUAUGUGUUAGCCUGCCUAUCAGAUAAUUCAUUGGCUAGUGAAUCAUGUAUGGCUGAAUUAGAGCUUGCAGCCAACUAUGUGGAUUGUACAUAUUUUAUUCUACGUGUUAUAAAUACAGAAAUGUCAAUGAUUAAACAACAAUCAAAAGUCAUGUCUGAAAAUUACUCAAAGAAUGUACUGUCUAUAUUGGAUCUAUUGCUUAAACCAGAGAAAAAGUUAUCCGGAUUUUUAGGAAAUCCACCAGAACCAAAAACUGAUUUGGCUCGCCAUUGUAGAUUUUCACAUUUACGAAAUUAUUUUACUCAAGUGUGGAAGUCAUUCUUAAACAAUGAUUUAUCCGAUGAUACACGCGUAUAUGCAGUUCGAUUUUUAGGCGAUGGACAUAUAACUCGGCUUAGUGAAAUUCGUCUACUAGCUGAUUAUAUUCUACCAAUUUUUGAUCCAGAUCCGGAAAAUAAGCUAUCUGAAUCAGAAGCCAUGAAAUUUCCAACUAGUUGGUCACGUGCAGUUAGUCAUACAGUCUUGGGACUGAUUGCUAGAGGAGAUUUAAAUUAUCCACGUUUAUAUAUCAGACUGUAUCGUUUAUUGGAUGAAAGUCUAUUCCAAUGUCCAAAUGCUAAACAAUUUUUAAUUACUUUAGAUAUAUAUUUAAGUUCAAUGCAUUUAGCUACAUCAGUUGUUGCCUCUUUUAUAAAACGGUUAUCCCAGUUAUCCUUAUUCAGUCCACCGUUAUUAACACCUGCCAUUCUUUUAAUCAUCUCAAAUUGUUUAAAACGUCAUUCUCAAUGUCGGAUUUUAAUUAACUAUAGACCGAAACGUUCCCAUGUAGUAAAUAACACACAGGCUGAUCAUGACGGUGAUGCUGAUGAUAAUGGUAAUGUUGAUGAGAACUCGAAAAACACAAUGGAUGUACAGUCAAUUGGUGAUCCGUACAAUUGGGAAGCAGAAACCUUUGAAACAUCUAAAGCAUUAGAUAGUAGUUUAUGGGAAGUAUCUGCUCUGACUGGUCAUUAUUCACCGAGUAUCUCCACGUUAGCAAAGAAAAUUUGUAAUCCUGAUCCAUUGGAUUCAAGUGUUAUUACUGUAUCUGAUCUAAUUGAUAAAGAGAUACAGGCUAUGAAGAAGACGAAGAAAUCUGUGAAGGAAGCAAUGUGUAUACUGUCACAAACAAAUAUGACUAUGCCAGAAUUACCACCUCUCAAUGGUUGGGUGUAA